AUGAAAGGCCAGGAAACGCCACCGCUGUCCACCACCGAAGAUGUUCAAAAUGACGUGGAGAAGAAUCGAAGCGAUGCCUCACCAGACGCCCCCUACAGCAUCCUCUCCGAACGGAAGAAAGUCUGUCUGAUGAUCACCGCUUCGUUCGCGGGCCUGAUUUCUCCCCUGUCGAGCUCGGUCUACUUCCCAGCCCUAGAUUCUCUGGCCGACGCCAUGCACGUCUCCUCCACGCGCAUCAACCUCACCGUCACGAUGUACCUCAUCUUCCAAGGCAUCGCCCCCUCCUUCACCGGUUCCUUCUCCGAUACGCACGGACGCCGCCCCGCCUAUUUAAUCUGCUUCGUGAUCUACUUCGGGGCCAACAUCGGCCUAGCCCUGCAAACCAACUAUGCCGCCCUGAUGGUUCUCCGCUGCCUGCAAGCGUGCGGCAGCAGCGGCACCAUCGCGCUGGGUAGCGCCGUUGUGGCCGACGUCUCGACGCGGGCUGAACGAGGCAAAUACAUCGGCUACGCCAGCAUGGGGCUGACCCUGGGGCCAGCCCUGGGUCCAGUGGUCGGGGGACUGAUCGACCAUUUCUGCGGCUGGCGCUGGAUCUUCUGGUUCUUGACCAUCCUCUCCGGCGUGUUCCUGGCGGCCAUCGCCCUUUUUCUGCCUGAAACCUGCCGCACACUCGUGGGCAACGGCUCGAUCCCCGCCGCGCGAUGGAACCGACCCAUCUUCAGCGUUCUGGCACCCAAACCCACACCCUCACCCACCACAACCACAACCUCAACCUCCCCACAAACACCCAAACGCCUCAACCCCCUCCGCUCCGCCCGCCUCGUCCUCGACAAAGAAAACGCCCUCAUUCUCAUCUACAGCGCCCUGCUGUACGCCGGCAUGGCCGCCGUGCUGACCACGCUAACCACCACCCUGGCAACGCAUUACCACUUCAACACCAUCCAAAUCGGCCUCUGCUACCUACCGAUGGGGCUGGGCAGCCUCACCUCGCGGUACACGGUGGGAUUCCUGCUGGACCGGACCUUCCGACGCCACGCCCACGCGCAGCGCCUCAGCAUCAUCAAGAACAAACAGCAGGACAUCGGCGCCUUCGACAUCGAGCGCGCGCGCCUGGUCGUCACGAUCCCGCUGGCCUACGCCGCGGCGCUCGUGUUCCUCGCCUACGGCUGGGUGAUGCAGUACCGUGUCUCCUUGGCGGGGCCCGUGGUCACCCUGUUCGUGGGCAGCCAUCUGCUGACUGGGGCGUUCACGGCGCUGGGUACCCUCAUGGUCGAUCUGAAUCGGGGCAGUCCCGCCACGGCGGUGGCGGCUAAUAAUCUGGUCCGGUGUUUGUUGGGCGCCGGAGCGACGGCGGCGGCCGCGCCGGUGAUUGAGGCGAUUGGGAUCGGGUGGAUGGCGGUUGUGAUGGCCGCGGUGUGGGUGGUGGCGAGUCCGUGUCUGUGGGCGGUGUAUUUUUGGGGGUUUGGGUGGAGGAAGAGGAUGAAGGGGAUGGAGGGGGAGAGAGAGUAA